UUUCUUCCUAUUAUUUGUGUUCCGUGUCAAUGUGAUAAUUGAAGGGGUUUGUUUAUAUUUACACUUUGAUUCUUUUAUAUUUUUCUUUCACAGUUCACGACGUAUUUAUGUGAAUAUUAUUUAAUUCCAUCAUAAACUAAGUAGCAUAUCAAGGAGCUAUGGAAGUGAAAGUCCUUUUUGAUGGUUACUCAGAACUUAAAGACAACAUAUACCGUGCAAAUUGUUCAUGUGUAUUAGUAAAAGGGCCCCCAAAUGUAAUUAUUGAUACACUGACUGCUUGGGAUGACGAAAAGAUCCUUAAAGCUCUUCAGGCUGAAUCUGUAGACUGCAAAGACAUAGAAUAUGUGGUCUGCACACAUGGACAUUCAGAUCACAUUGGGUGCAACCACUUGUUUAAGAAUGCCAAGCAUAUUGUUGGGUUUAGUAUUUCACAUAAAGACCAGUAUUUCACAGAACCUUGCUUCCAAGCUGGUGAAGAGUAUGUUAUAAGUGAUAAAAUUAAGGUUAUAGCAACUCCUGGACAUACUAUGCAAGAUGUCACAGUUAUCUUAAAUUCUCAAAAUGGAAUUAUUGCUGUAACUGGUGAUCUAUUUGAAAAAUUUGAGGAUUUAGAGAAUGAAUACUUGUGGAAAUCUGCAGGAAGCGACUCUGAAGAACUGCAAAUUAAAAACAGGAAUAAAAUAUUGCAGAUUGCUGAUUUUAUUGUACCUGGACAUGGACCUAUGUUCAAAGUCCCACAAAGGUACAAAAACAGUUGAAAUAUCAAUUUUACUUAGAGCUGAAACUAGAUAAGAAGCAGCAGAAGAUGGUUAACACUUGAGCAACAAAUACAGAUAUGUGGUGACAAUGCAUUGUCAAGUUGUUUUAAGUAAUAUAUUACCAUUAAACAGUGACAAAUA